UUUCCACUACGCGCCACUAAUUUUUUUUCGCUCUCUCUCUCUCUCUCUCUCCCCUCCGAAAACCAACAAAACCAGGAAACUAAUUAAAGUUGCAAUUUUAGGGCUUUGGAUCCCAAUCAUCUUCUUCCUAAAUUAGGGCUUCUCUUUCCCCAAAAUUAUCAUAAUGCGGCCUUCGAUCUUGCAAAGCUCGACCUCCUCCUUCCUCAAGUUCCUCAACUAUCUCCAGACCUUUGCUGGUGCUUUCGUUCUUCUCUACUCGCUAUGGAUGCUCAACGAUUGGAAUCGUCACGGAGUCGACAAGUCUUCUGCUCCUUGGUUUGUGUACACAAUGAUGGCUUUUGGUGUUUUCAUGUGCUUAAUUGCGCUUGUGGGUUACAUUGCGGCUGGAGUGGUCAACGGAUUCUGCCUCUGCUCCUAUGCAGUAUUCAUUUUGAUACUGAUUUUAAUAGAAGCAGGUUUGAUGGCUGAUCUGCUGUUCAACGAACACUGGGAGGAGGAUUUUCCACAUGAUGCCACUGAAGAAUUGAAAAGUCUUCGAGCAUUUAUUGAAGCUAACAUAGACAUCUUCAAGUGGGUUGCAGUGACUCUGGUUGUUGUUCAGACACUCUCACUUUUAUUGGCAAUAAUUCUGCGAAGCAUUGUUCCCCUGAGAAGGAUGGACAAUGAAAGCAAUGAAGAUUUCACUGGUAUGAGAAGCCCACUGCUAAAUCUGGAAGGUGGGCUUCCCUCACCUUCAAACUCUGUUGACAGAACAACAAUCCAACCAGACUCUUGGAGUUCCCGGAUGAGAGAUAAGUAUGGAUUUGUGCCUAGCCCACUGUCAAAUGACACUACUACCGGGAAAAUCUCAGAUGAUCAACGGAAAUGAAAUACUCCGUAUUGUGAGCAUGGUUAAAUUGGGGGAAAAGAGGUUUUCGUUAUGCCAAAGCUUCUGGUAAGAAAUGUUGUGUUUUUGAAUUUAUUCGUUAUGUACAGCUUGUGCAUAAAUAAAAAGGGGUUUGGGUUGUAUGUGUGUGUUGUGCGUGGGUGUCUCUUGAAUGGCAGUAAUUGGACGUAUGUAAUAAAUUUUGAGAAAGAGAGAUGAGUUUGUAUUUAUCCUAUGAAAAUUUUUCUUGUUGGUGGAUCGAUGCUUUGAGUACUCA